AUGAAAAGACUCCUAGAAGAAGAAAUGACCGGAGGGAAGGUGGCAAAGAAAGAGGCAAAUAAUACUGAAGUUGAAGUAAAACAUUUCGAAUCCGAAGAAGGAGAUGAUGGAAGGAAGACUCGGAAAAGAAAAAACAAAACUUGCAAGAAAAGUUCCGGUAACAAUCUUGAUAUGGAUGUUGCCGAGAAAGUGCUUGAGGGACACUCGAAGAGCUAUGGUUUAGAAGAAAGAUUGAGCGAGGCAAUCAAGUUCUUAGUGAGUCGCAAGCUUCUUAAUGGGGACCAACUUACAGAAGAUGGGAAAGUCCAAGCCUGGAAAGAAGUCAUGGAUGCACUACAGAUUUCGAGUUUAGAUGAGGAAUUGUUUUUGAAGCUUUUACAAGAUCCAAACUCAUUGUUGUUCAAAUAUGUUCAAGACUCGCCAGAUGCUCAUUUAAAGGAUGAAGAGUCGAAGCUGGUUGCCAAAACAAACUGUUUGGACGUCGAAUAUGUCUAUUUAAGGCAACACAAUGAGCCUGUUAAUAGAAAACACCGUAAUUUCUUUGGAAGAAAAUCGAAGUCUCAGGAAAGAGAACUUGCGGAUGGAAAUAAGGCUUCUCAAGCUUCAAAUAAAAUUGUAAUUUUGAAGCCUGGGCCAACAAGCUUGCAAACUCCUGAUACUGGAAGCAGCACCAGCUCAUCUUCUGAAUCUCGGUAUAUCAUCGGACAUUGGGAGCCGAAUGAGAAAGUUGGUUCCCACUUUUUUCUUGCUGAAAUAAAAAGAAAGCUGAAACAUGCCAUGGGUAGAGAUCAACAUAGAAUCCCCAGAGAUGGUAUAUCUGAAAGAUUUACCGAACUUGGUACUGAAUAUGAGACUACUGAUUUGUCCAGGCGAAGGGUCUCGAUCUAUAUCGAGGGAAAGAAUCAUCUUUCUGAGCUGCUAGCAAAUGGGGAUGAAAAUGUGGAUCUUUCAGGUACACAGGUUCCGAAAACCUUAGAUGGGAUUCAUUCUCUUCCCGAGUAUUACUCAUCCCCUGUUGGCAGCCCUGGCCAGUACUUGGAGUCUAGUUUUAUGACUGCACAGACGAUAUUUGCAGGUUCGAAAAAAUCUCAGAAGGAGAGUGAAAACAAUCAAGUCAGCCUUGUCAGCAAUCCAAGUCCAAUGGAAGAGAAGACUGAUAGCCGGCUUUGCCGUUGUGACUACAAAACUUGUAAUGAAGUCGAAGGUGAUAAUGCAAUUCCAGACAACCUUGACACUAGUGAGAGUAAUGACAAACAGGAUCCAGUUUUUUGUUCUACGAAAGAUAAAAUGAGUUCCGAAGGUUCAAGUUUUCAUUUGUUUAAUCAAUGA